GUGAACGUGUAAGCAGCUACUCCAAACCGCACAAACAACGUCUGCAACAUACGGUACAGUCUCAGUUCGAAAGGCAACGCCAACUAAGAAUUACAAGAUGCCGGAACUGCUCGCUACAUCCUUGCCGGAGUACAUCGCUGCCGGACUUAAGGAGGUCGCCCAGGAACAAGGAUUUACGGAGGGCUUAUACCGCCUCGAAAGUGAAUCCGGUUCCAACAUGGGCGAUGGAUUCGUUGGUCAGCUGUUGAAAGUGUUUAUACGCGAGGCCGAUCGUGAGCUGGUAGUGCUGUGCAAGCUGCUUCCGGAGAGUGAAAUGCGUAAACAGCAGGGCAUAUCACUGUUUGACAGAGAAACGGAAGCGUACAUGCAAAUUCUUCCCCUGCUGACAAAGUUCCAAGAUGAAAAGGCUCUCGCGAAACAUUUACCCCGGUUUGACAAUGUACCUCGAUGUUACUACGCCAAAACUACACUCGACAAGAUGGAAUCCGUGAUCAUUAUGGAGGAUUUGCGCUUGCAGGCGUACCGCAUGUGGGACAAGGCAAACCCUGUCGAUUUCGAGCAUGCCCGGCUACUCAUGGCCACUUUGGGUCGGCUUCAUGCACUUUCUUUUGCGGUGAAAGAUCAACAGCCGGAAGAGUUUGCCAAGUGUCGAGCGUUCGAAGAUCCAAUGGGUAAAAUGUUGGAGCUCGAUCCUACCAAAGGAUUUGAAGUGAUGAUGGCCGGCAUGUGCCGUAGAGCAAUCGAAACACUGGACCAGCACGAUAACUUCCGGCGAGAGAAACUGAAGCAGAUACAGGAUCGGUGCGUGCAAGAAAUUGUUGCCUGUACGGAUGGCAAAGCAGCCGAGCCGUACGCUAUUGUAGGUCACGGUGACUGUUGGUCCAACAACAUGAUGUUCCAGUAUGCAGAAGAUAAUAAAACACCUUCAAAUAUUAAAUUGAUCGACUGGCAGCUGUCCCGGUACGGUUCACCCGUGCUCGAUCUGGUCUACUUCAUCUUCAACUGUACCGACGAGGAGAUGCGUUCCCAUAGCUACCAACGGCUACUGAGCAUCUAUUACCACAGCCUUAGCGAGCAUCUGCACAACCUGGGAGGAGACGUUGAGCGACAGUAUCCACGCAUCGCUUUCCGAGAGCAGUUGAAAAAGUUUGGCCGGUACGGGCUUGUGAUGUCCAUGAUGGUGCUACCGAUCAUUUGCACUCCGAACGAUGAGCUGCCCGAUACGGACACGGCGAUGGAGGGUUUCAUGAAUGACAUGAAUAAUGGAAACACCAACGCUGAGCUGGCGUACGGCACGACGGAAAAGGCCGCGAUUCGCUAUCGAAAACGAAUGUCCGGAUGCAUUCGCGAUACCAUACGCUAUGGGUAUAUUGUUACACAACGCAAAGCAUCUGUUGUGCGAAGUUUGUUUCAAUUGAGUGGUUUGAAAAGAUUAAAUAAAAACAAUAUGUCCGCUAAUCAAAAUACCGCCUUUCCGCGCUGCUUCUCUGGUGCGCUUAAGGAGGUCGCCCGGGAACAAGGGUUUACGGAAGGCUUGUAUCGCCUCGAAAGCGAAUCCGGUAGCAAAGUUGGGGAUGGUUUUGCUGGUGACCUAGUGAAGGUGUUCAUUCGCGAGGGUGACCGAGAGCUGGUAAUUCUGUGCAAGCUGCUGCCGGAGAAUGAAACGCGCAAACAGCAGGGAAUUUCUCUCUUUGUUAGAGAAACGGAAGCGUACAUGCAAAUUCUGCCCUUGCUGCUCAAGUUUCAAACUGACAAGGCUCUGCCAGAGCAUUUGCCCCGAUUUGACAAUGUGCCUCGAUGUUACUACGCCAAGACUACGCUCGAUAGCAUGGAGUCUGUGGUCAUCAUGGAGGAUUUGCGCUUGCAGGCGUACCGUAUGUGGGACAAGGCAAACCCUGUCGAUUUCGAGCAUGCCCGGCUACUCAUGGCCACUUUGGGUCGGCUUCAUGCUCUUUCGUUUGCGAUGAAAGAUCAACAGCCGGAAGAGUUUGCCCAGUGCCGGGAGUUUACUGACCCAAUGACCAAAAUGCUUGCACUCGACCCAAAGAAGACAUUCCAGAAGAUGGCGGCUAGUAUGUGCCGUAGAGCAAUCGAUACGCUCGAAAAGGAUGAUACAUACCGACGGGGAAAACUGGAGCUGCUACAAGACCGAUGCGUGCAGGAGAUCGAAGCUUGCGUCGAUGCAAAUGCAGCCGAGCCGUACGCGGUAAUAGGCCACGGUGACUGUUGGUCCAACAAUGUGAUGUUCCAGUAUGCAGAAGAUAAUCAGACACCUUCCAAAAUUAAACUUAUCGACUGGCAGCUGUCCCGGUACGGUUCACCCGUGCUCGAUUUGGUCUACUUCAUCUUCAACUGUACCGACGAGGAGAUGCGUUCCCAUAGCUACCAACGACUACUGAGCAUUUAUUACCAGAGCCUUAGCGAGCAUCUGCAUAACCUGGGAGGAGACGUCGAGCGACAGUUCCCACGUAGCGCUUUCCGAGAGCAGUUGAAAAAGUUUGGCCGGUACGGACUUCUUAUUGCGAUGUUGAUAAUGCCGAUGAUUUGUACGCCCAACGAUGAGCUGCCCGAUACGAAUAAGGCAAUGGAAGGAUUAGUGAAAGAAAAUCCCGAUGGAGAUGAUGAGGUUCAUUUCGAGUACGGAACGACGGAAAAGGCCGCAAUACGCUAUCGAAAGCGAAUGUCUGGAUGCAUUCGGGAUACGGUUCGGUUGGGGUAUAUUUAAACUGUUGCAAAAUGAACUACAUCCAUUGCUGCUGGUAUGGUAUUAGAAUAAGGAUUGGGAUGGUACAGUGAUGAAAAUAAAAUUAUUGAAGCAAU